GUUUACAGCUCAGACAUGUGGGUUUAUAGUUCUAUAGUAAAUUGUUGUUGUUUUAAACUCCUAGGUCCACUGCCUUUCUUUCCUCAGUGGGAACUGAAACAUUAUGAUGUUAUCGUCGGUGUAUUAUCAGCUCGACACAAUCAUGAGCUGCGCAAUGUCAUAAGGAACACCUGGUUCAAGCACUUGAAACAACAUCCAGCGCUGAGCCCUCGUGUCCUUGUGAAGUUUAUAAUAGGUGCACAUGGCUGUGGUGUGCCUGUGGAGGACAGAGAAGAUCCUUACUCCUGCAAACUUCUGAACAUUACUAAUCCAGUUUUGAAUCAAGAAAUCGAAGCAUUCAGUCUCCCUGAAGAUACGCCUUCAGUGCUUUCUGAAGACCACAUUGUCAGUGUGAACUUCCGAGUUCUUUACCCCAUUGUCAUUACCAGUCUUGGGGUAUUCUAUGAUGCUGAUGGUGUGGGAUUCCAGAGGAAUAUCACUGUAAAACUGUACCAGGCAGAACAGGAGGAAGCUCUCUUCAGUGCUCGCUUUAGCCCACCUAGCUGUGGAGUGCAAGUUAACAGAUUGUGGUACAAACCUGUAGAACAGUUCAUUUUGCCAGAGAGUUUUGAAGGCACUAUUGUGUGGGAAAGCCAGGACCUUCAAGGCCUUGUUUCUAGGAAUCUUCACAAAGUGAUAGUUAAUGAUGGAGGAGGAGUUCUCAGAGUCUCUACGACAGGGGAAGGUUCAUGGUCACAUGAAUUCACGGAUGGUGUGGAAGGAAUAGCAGGAGGUUUUAUUUACACUAUUCAAGAAGGUGAUGCUCUUUUAGAAAGCCUUCAUACUCGCCCUGAGAGGUUUGUAAAUCACUUAAAAAACCUUGAAGAGGAGGAUGCAUUAUUGAAAGAAGAAAGCAGCGCCUAUGAUGAUAUUGUAUUUGUAGACGUUGUUGACACCUACAGAAAUGUUCCAGCCAAAUUACUGAACUUCUACCGAUGGACAGUAGAAUCAGCUAACUUUGAUUUGUUGCUGAAGACAGAUGAUGACUGUUACAUAGAUUUGGAAGCUGUGUUCAACAGGAUAAUGCAUGAAAAACUCGACAGGCCAAAUAUCUGGUGGGGCAAUUUCAGACUAAAUUGGGCAGUUGAUCGGACAGGGAAGUGGCAAGAACUGGAGUAUCCCAGUCCAGCGUAUCCUGCCUUUGCUUGUGGGUCUGGUUAUGUUAUCUCCAAAGACAUUGUUCAGUGGUUGGCAAGCAACUCUGAAAGACUCAAGACAUACCAGGGUGAAGAUGUGAGUAUGGGCAUUUGGAUGGCAGCUAUAGGGCCUAAGCGGUAUCAGGACAGCCUCUGGUUAUGUGAGAAGACAUGUGAAACUGGAAUGCUGUCUUCCCCUCAGUAUUCCACACAGGAACUAACAGAGCUCUGGAAAGUGAAGGAAUUAUGUGGAGAUCCUUGUAGAUGUGAGGAAAGAUGAUGAAGACUUGGAGAUACACAAUCAGGACUACUAAGGUGGUGGUUAGUGGAAAUUUCACCUCUGUAAUUAACAAAUAUUUACCCAUUCAUUUUGAUAAAAAUGGACUGAUACUGUCCAGAGUAGCAUUUUUCUACAGAGGAGGUGUUUGACUUUAUAAAAAAGGAAAUUAACAAACUAUCUUAAACUUUUGGUUUUGUCAAAGGACUACUGGUAAUUAUUUCAAACAGACUAGUUGUAAUUCAUAUGUGCAUAGGAUAAUAGUGCAGAACCACUGCUAUGCAUGAGAGUCAGCAGGUGCAAGGUUCCAUACCAGCAUAAAUAACCUAAGACUGGGAAAAUGUAAAUGGUACUUGCUCAUGUGGGGUUGGGAUAGUUAGCUUUUAAGAUUUAUAGAGUUUGUGUAUACGUUUUAGUGAUUUGGAUGAGAUUACGAUGCAAGAUAUCCAACUUUGCUUAUACCAAAUCUUGAACUACAACAGAUAUAACCAGAUUCCAAGGAAUUUGCAUCUCUGAGAACUAUCUAGAAAAAUAGAGUUAAAGUAAAAAUUU